AUGCUCGCCGCGAAGCUCCUGGGCGCCGCCCGCCACACCCGCCCGCAGCUGGCGAUGACGACCGUGGCACGAACCGGUAGCCCGUUCCUGCAGCCGACGACGACGCGUCUGUUCCACAACUCGCGCCCCAUUUUGGCCCAGUCCUUCGACGACAAUGGAAUGCCACGCCUGCAAGAUACGCCUGUCAACAUCGGCGUGCUGAUCGUGCCGCAGCAGCGCGCGUGGGUCGUGGAGCGCUUUGGUAAAUUUCAGGACGUGUUGACGCCUGGACUGCACUUUUUGAUCCCAUUUGUGGACCGAAUUGCGUACGUGCAUUCGCUCAAGGAGGAGGCCAUCAAGAUCCCCGGCCAGACGGCCAUCACACGCGACAACGUGACCAUCAGUAUCGACGGUGUGCUGUAUGUCAAGAUCAUCGACCCAUAUAACGCCAGCUACGGCGUCGAGGACCCGCUCUAUGCUGUGACUCAGCUGGCACAAACCACCAUGCGUUCCGAACUCGGUAAAAUCACACUGGACAAGACCUUCGAGGAGCGAGAGUCGCUCAACCUAAGCAUUGUGGAGGCCAUCAACCAGGCUUCCGAGGCCUGGGGUAUCAAGUGUCUGCGAUACGAGAUCCGGGACAUCGCCCCGCCUCGCAGUGUCAAGGCGGCUAUGGACAUGCAGGCUGAGGCAGAGCGUCGGAAACGUGCUGAGAUCCUGGACUCCGAGGGUGAACGUCAAGCGUACAUUAAUGUGGCUGAAGGUAAGAAGCGCGCCGCCGUGCUGGAGGCAGAAGGUGCGGCCGCUGCCAUUCUUGCCAAGGCCAAUGCCUCGGCUGAGGCUAUUCAGCGACUCUCGAGCGCUAUCCAGGAGACAGGUGGACGUGACGCAGUGGCACUUCAAGUGGCGGAGAAGUACGUGGACGCCUUUGGCAACAUCGCCAAGGAGGGCACAACGGUGCUGUUGCCGGCCAACACCAACGAUCCUUCCAGUAUGGUGGCGUCGGCACUCUCCAUUUUCGGAAACAUCCAGAAGCAGAACACCAAGGAGGCUGCUCGUAUUGCUGGCAAGGCAAACAAUCAGGAUAGUGUGGAAGGUGAACUUGGCGAGUACACUUUGGACAGUAUCGACCCAGACACGACCAAGAACUGA